AUGAGGGAAUGCCAGAGAAAAAAUAGCUUGGUAGCGAGAAAAUUGGCUCAGGAGUUCGUUAAUAUGCCAUCUUAUAACAACGGCGUUAAGCCCACUGGUCGCAGUGACGCUGCUGCAGUCGCGCAAUGGUCGGCGGUCAGUCCGUCAAGAGUGUGGCUGAAGAGUGAUGGGAGUACAGUGUGUGAAUAUGUGUUUGUGCGUAUGUGGGUGCAUGUGGAGAAAGGCGCGUGCGAGUGUUGUGAAAAACCAAAACAGCUCAAUUUGGAAAUGUCAAAUAAAAGGAAGUACAACGAAGCUUACUUAUCCUUUGGUUUUACUUUCAUCGCUGAACGUGAUAGGACACAAAAGCCGCAGUGUUUCCUGUGUGGCAAGGUUCUUGCCAAUGGAAGCAUGAAGCCAACAAAGCUGAAGGAGCACCUCAUGUCUGUCCAUCCUGAAAAUGCAUCGGGCAGUGUUGAUCUAUUUCGUGCAAAGAAGGCUCGAUUUGAGAAAGCUGGAACUUUACCAAAACUUGGAUUUGCCCCAACACAAAAGCCUUGUCUUGAAGCAUCCUACAAGGUUGCUUAUCGCAUUGCCAAGCAAAAGAAGCCACAUACGUUUGGAGAGACCUUGGUAAAGCCAUGUGCCCUGGAAAUGGUCGAGCUGGUUUGUGGCUUGGAGCAGAGGAAGAAAAUUGCAGCAGUGCCUUUGUCAAAUGACGUCAUCCACUCUAGAAUUGUUGACAUUUCUUCUAAUAUUCUGAAGCAAGUAAUGGAAGAAUUGGCAGCUACGUCAUUUCUGUUCAGCAUGCAACUGAAUGAAACUACUGACGUCUCUCAGUGCAGCCAGCUCCUGGUUUUCGUCCGUUAUAUGCAUGCUGAUGCCAUCAAAGAAGAAUUCAUAUUUUGUGAGCCCCUUUUGGAAACUACAAAGGCCAUCGACACCUUAGAAAUGGUGAAUAGUUUCUUUGCCAAGCAAAACUUCGACUGGAAGAAAAAUCUUGGUACUCUGUGCACAGAUGGAGCACCUGCGAUGCUUGGCAACCCAUCUGGAUUUGCUACUUUGGUGAAGAAAGAAGCUCCUCAGAGGUUUCGUCAAGAAAUGGGAGCAGAAUAUGAAGUUCUUCUCUACCACACAGAAGUUCGCUGGCUUUCCAGAGGGCAAAUCUUGAAGCGCUUGAUUGAACUUCGAGCAGAAGUUUCACUUUUUUUGAGAGAAAAAGAAAGCUCACUCUCAGAACAGUUUGACAGUGAGGAGUUCAUUCAUGGCUUGGCCUACUUGGCGGAUAUUUUUGGCCAUAUGAAUGAGGUGAAUCUUGCGAUUCACGGCCCUAAAGUCACCAUUAUAGAUGCUACUGAAAGACAGCAAGCUUUUCCGGCCAAGCUCCCACUGUGGAAGAGGAUGUUGGAGGCAGACAACUAUGCAAACUUUCCAUUAACUCUUUUCAAAGGUUACUUCUGCUCAGGUGACGUUAAAGUUGAAACAUGGAUUCGUAAUCCUUUCCUUGCUGACAUAGACUGUAUGAGUGAUGAAGACCUUGCCAAAGAUGACCUCAUUGACCUGAAGACAAAGGAAAUGUUACGAAAUGAAUUCAACUCAAAGAGCCUUGGAGAAUUCUGGUGUGCGUUGACACAAGCCUACCCUCGUCUGGUAAAGCGAGCUAUGGGUGCUCUGAUUCCUGCGAGCGACGAGGGUCAGUUCGUCUAUACACUGAAGUUCGGUAAUGGAAGCUGCCGAUUCCUUUGUUCCUGCCUGGAAUUGUCUUAUCUUGAAAAGUCCCUUCAUCCGGUACUGGAUGUCCACUCCGCCGACUAA